ACGUUCAUACAUCGCAAAAGCCGCACAGCGAAGGGCCUCUGUUCGCGCCUCCGGUUGACCUUUCUCUUUAGCGCGUUAAUACCGAUGUGACUCGAUGGAGUUACUGUGGCUGUAAUAAAUGGCAACCACCAAAGUAAAGAGAUAGAGUGCCGCGUGCGCCAGCGUCAUAGCGCGAGUUGCAACUCAGCUCGAGUCCUUGCUUUCUGAGCGCGCUUUCAUACGUGGAGACAAAUGUACUGGUAUGACUAUGCGUGGAUUCUAGUCGUCGGCUGCCUGGCUGCUUUCUUUACGGCCUUUGGAAUUGGCGCCAACGAUGUCGCCAACGCGUUUGGCAGUAGCGUGGCCGCGCGCACGCUCACGCUGCGGCAGGCCCUCCUCAUUGCCUCAGUAUGCGAGUUCAGCGGCAGUGUGUUGCUGGGCCGGGAGGUGACCCGCACGGUGGCGGGCGGCAUCGCGCGGCUAACCGCCUUCGACCGCGCGCCGGAGCUGUACAUGUUCGGCAUGCUGUGUGCUCUGACUGCCUCGGGCGUGUGGCUGCUACUGGCCACCUACCUCAGUCUGCCCGUGUCAACCACACACUCGACCAUUGGUGCCGUGAUGGGCUUCGCACUGGUGUACGGCGGCCCCGGCGCCGUGGUGUGGCUGGACGAGCAGUCGUCCUUCCCCUACAUGGGCGGCCUGGUGCCCAUCAUCCUGGCCUGGUUCACCAGCCCGCUGCUGAGCGGCCUGGCCACGGUGUGCAUGUUCUCCAGCGUGCGGACAGGCAUCCUGAGGCGCGAGAACAGCCUGAUGAUGGCGUUCUGGUCUCUGCCGCUGCUGGUGUUGGGUACGGUGUUCAUCAACGCCUUCCUGGUGCUCUACAACGGCGCCAACGAGUCCCGGCUGCACUGGCCCGCCUCCCGGGCGGCCUGGGUGUCUGCCUGCAUCGCCGGCGGCGCCUGCCUGCUGACGGUGCUGGUGGCCAUGCCGCUGGUGCGCCGCCGCGUGCUGCUGCGCCAGGCGCUGGUGAGGGACCUGGCGCUGAGGCGGCGGCAGCAGCUGGCAUACUACGUCACUCGCGGGAGCAAUGCCGGCAAGGACACGCCGGCGCCCACGCCCGCGCCCGGACGCAGCCUGGGCCCGUACGGCAGCGACAGCGGCCCCGUGCCCAGCGCCCAGCACGCCGGCAGAUCCAGAUCCAGCACGGCCGGCGCCCUGGGAGGAACACGAGGGGCCACAGGCGGCGGCGGCGGCCACGGUAGUGGGUUGGUGGAUGGCGGCGCCGACUCGCCGGCACAAGGGUUUGCGAGGCACGCCGACCUGGGGCCGACGGCGGCUGCGAUGGGAAUGGGGGCCGCAGGCGCGGCGUUCCCGCUGGCUGCGGGCAUGGACCCAGGCUUGCUGCUGCCAGUGCCGGCGCCGUCGGGCCACCAGCAACAUUCAAGCCAGCCUCCCUCUGGAGGAGGUGCAGGAGGAGGUUUGGGAGGAGGCGUGCCGCCGCCGAUGGAGCGGCAGACGUCGGGCGGCCUGCGGCGCAGUGACACGUCCUCAGCCUAUGCUGCGGCGCCCCCGCCCCCGCAGCAGCAGCAGGCGGCAGGCGCUGGCGCGGCAGGCGAUGCCGGCAUGCAGGCCGGUACCGGCGACGGCCCGGCAAUGAUGUCUCCGCUGCUGUCGCCCUACCACCCCCAGCACCAACAAGCCCCGCCAAUGCUGCCAGCGGCCACCGCCGCAGCCGCAGCCGGCAGUCGAUACGACUCCACGAGAUCGCUGCUGCCGGUGCGCGGUGGUGACGGCGUGGCGGCGGCGGCAGCGGGGCCGGGAACCGGCGGCGGCGGCGGCAGCGCUGCCUCGGAGCGGCUGGGACCGCAGGCGCUGCACCUGCCGCAGCAGCAGUCGCAGCCGUACGCACGGCUGACGCCCGACCUGGUGCGGGUGACCUCCACAGGCCGGACCUCCUCCACCGUCACCACCGCCACCACCACCCACAGCGGCGGCAUCACGCCGCCCCAGUUCCAGCAGCCGUCGCAGCUGUCCUCGGCCCAGCACUCGUCCGCACACACGAAGCUCACGGCGGGGGGCAGCGGCGGGCCGCUCGGGCCUCAGGGGCAGCUGUCGCUGCAGCUGCAGGGCAGCACGCACGGUAGCAGCGGCCGCGACAACGGCGGCGACACCAGCAGCGCCGCCUCUGGCGGCGCCGCGGCCGGGGCCAUCGGUGGCGGCGGUGGCGGCGGCUGCGGCGGCUCGGUUGAGAUGGUGGCACAGCCUGCUGGCGCUGCUGCUGCUGGCGCUGCUGGCGUAGGGGGAGAGGGUCAGCAGCAGGUACAGGCGGCGGCGGCGGCGGCUGAGGCGGGCCGCGCUGUGCCGAUUGCGGCAGACGAGGGCGCUGCUGGUGCAGGGGCUGGUGCGGGCACAGCUGGUGUGGCGGUUACCGCCGCGACUGGCGCCAUCGGGGCAGAGGCGCAGGCGGGGCAGCUGCAGCAGCAGGCGCAACAGGCGUGGGCCGGCCCGCAGCAGCAGCAGCAGCAGCAGCAGCAGCAGCAGCAGCAGUGGCCCCAGCAAGCCCAAUGGAGCCAGCCACAGCAGCAGCACCAGGCGUGGGGCAACCAGCAGCAGCAGUGGAGUGCCCAACAACAGCAGGCUUGGGGUGGGCAGCAGGAGCAGCAACCGCAGCAGCAGUGGAAUAACCAGCAGCAGUGGCGGGGCCAGCAGCAGGCGUGGGGCAACCAGCCACAGCAGCAGCAGGCGUGGGGCAACCACCCACAGCAGCAGCAGCAGCAGCAGCAGCAGCCACAACAGUGGAGUCAGCAGCAGCAGUGGAACCAGCAGCAGCAGUGGGGCCAGCAACAAUGGAACCAGCAGCAAAACCAAUGGGCGGCCGGACAACCACAGCAGCAGAUGCAGCAGCAACGCUGGAUGCAGAGCCAGCAACCCCAGCUGCAGCAGCAACAGCGCAAUUACGCGGCGACACAGCAGGCGCAGGCACAACCGCAGCAGCAGUGGGGCGGCCAGAACCCGUACUGGCAGCAGCAGCAACAGCCGCCGUUGCAGCAACAGCAAUACGGCCAGCAGGGUAACCACUUGAGCCGAGCCGCAUACCAGGCGCAACCGCAGCAGCCACAGCAGCAGCGGGGCUGGGGUCCCGGCGCACCCGCGGGCGGCGGCGCCGUCGCGUUCCGGCCGCCGCAGGCAUCCGUGCAGCCACAGCAGCAGUGGGGCGGUGGCGGCAUGGGUGUCGGCGGCAUGCAUAUGCAGCGGCCGCAACCGCCACGCUUCGGAGGGGCUGGUGCUGGUGCCGGUGCAGGCGGUUUCUACAACCCGCAAGCCGGGUCGGCGGCGUACGGCGGUGGCGGCGGCGGCUUUGUGGCGCUGCCGGCGGGGCCGCAGCUGUCAGGCCGCUACGCCCACGGCGCCCCGGGCCCCAUUGCGGAGGCCACGGCGCGGCGGCGGAGCAUGGGCGACGGCGCGGGGCAGGAGGGGCCAGUAGAGGAGAUUCAGUGGGUAGAGGCUGAGGGCACGGAGGGCAGGGGCCGAGGAGUGGGGGCGCAGGAGGAGAUGGAGCCGCAGGCGGCGGCGGCGCACUCGCCGUUGCCGCCGCCGCCGCCGCCGCGGCCGCCCGGCCAGCAGCACAAGUCGCUGACGGCGGCAGUGCUGGGCGGUGCGGCGGUGGUGGCGGCGCGCGCGCUAGGCCGCCGGAGCGACCCGGCGGCGAUGGCGUCGUUCCAUUCCAUGCAAUACUCGAGACCCACAGCAGAGUCCUUUGAGCGGGAGACCGUCGUGGAUGCUGCGGCAGGGAGCGGCGAUGGCCACGGCGAGGGCUGGGGCGGCGGCCGCGGUGGCGGCGGUGCGGGCGGCGGUUGGGAUGACAGCCACCACGACCACCCUUUGUCGUCCGCGCCGCACCCGCACGUAUUUGAUGACGCAGAGUACGACCAGCGCUCUGACGACCACGUGCCGUUGGACCCGCUGCACGGCGGCAGCUCUGCCAAUGCCGGCGGCGGGGUCAUGCCCGCCCCGUCCAUGGGCCGCGGCAGCGGUAGCGCAGGCGGCGGCGGCGGCGGCAUGGGCUCACGCGCGUCACGGUCGUACGCGGCGGCGGCGGCGGCGGCGCAGUACGGCUUCCACAUGCCGUUCAGCCACCACAGCCACAGCGCGGCGCAGCACGGGGCGGGCACGGACGGCGGCGGAGGCGGCGGUGGCGUGGAGGCGGGUGACGGCUCGGGGCAGGGGCUGCCGCCGGGCGCGGCCGCGGGCACGCACUGGCAGAAGACCUUUGAUCAGCUCAAGGCUGUGGUGAUGCGCGGCGCCAACGACGACGCCUUCCACGCGGAGGUGCUGGAGCACGACCAGGUGGCGGCGGGCAUGCACGCGCGCGCCGAGGUGUUCGACCCCGCCACAGAGCACGCCUUCAAGUACCUGCAGGUGGUGACGGCUGUGUGCGACUCGUUCAGCCACGGCGCCAACGACGUGGCCAACAGUGUGGGACCGCUGGCGGCCAUCUGGUACAUCUACCGCUUCCACAGGAUCGACUACCAGGCCGACGUGCCCAUUUGGAUCCUGGCCCUUGGCGGCGCCGGCAUAGUGGUCGGACUGGCCUGCUACGGCUACAACAUCAUCCGCGCCAUCGGCUUGCGGCUGUCCGUGAUCACGCCCAGCCGCGGCUUCUGCAUCGAGCUGUCCACCGCACUGGUGGUGGUGGUGGCAAGCAAGUUCGGACUGCCCAUCUCAACCACGCACUGCCAGGUGGGCGCCACCGCCGCCAUUGGUCUGAUGGAGGGAAGCGCCGGCAUCAACUGGAAGCUGUCCCUCCAGUUCGUUCUGGGCUGGCUGGUCACCAUCCUGAUCACGGGGCUGUUGAGUGCGGCGCUGUUCGCGGCGGGCGCCUACUCGCCCAGCAUCACGCAGGAGAACGCCAUCAGCAAAUACGAGGACAUGAUCCGCAGCGUGGCGCAGGAGCUGGACCUGCUGCUCAACCGCACCAACACCGCCGCGCUGUCGGACCCGGCCACCUGGGGCAACUACAGCGAGGCCCUGGCCGCAGACAUCGCACAGGAGCUGGCCAGCAUGAAGGUCUGGAUGCAGGAGGGCAACAGCACCAACACGCGGCCUGUACAGCACAUGGAUCCCGACGAGCUGACGGAGUACCUCAGCGACACCGUACAGACGUACGUCAACAACAGCCUGCCGUACAUUGGCGGCAUGGCGGCCAAGGGCAUUGUACUGCCCCGCCCGCGGCGGCGGCGGUACGGGCGGUGAUGCUCUGAGGGUCUGUUCGUAUGGGUGACAUGACACGUUGCCGUACUGGCGUACUCGGUGUGGCGGCAUAUACUUGACGUGUACACGGCAUUGGGCUUGCAGUGAGUAGUAUCCAUGGUUUUCGGGUUGGUCUGCGCGUGCAAACGGGUACAGUCCUGAGACCUGCGAGGUGAAAUAGGCUACUGCUGCAUUAGCCCUCCAGGGGCUUAGAUGACAUAUUCCACCAACGGUGGGAAAGGCUAGCAGAUUGAGGAAUAUCAGUCGGGACCAUGUUGUAGCACGAAAGCAGACUACUGAUAAGCAUGUGUUGAUGAAGAUGCGUGGGCACAAGCCUACGUGCCUGCGCAACCUGCCGUCAAUUCGGGCGAAGCGCAGGGGUUAACGUUGAAUGCGGAGCGCAGGGGGUGAUUCUAAUAAAACGACGCCGCAAUGUGUAGCGUGGGCGCAGUCACACAAGUACGGGUAUGUGACGGAGGAGAAAGGUUUAUGCAAAAGGCGGUAGGGCUGAUAAGGUUUGUGCAUUUGGGGGGCGGGCUUGGGGGCGGGUGGGGCUGGACUCAGCAGCUCGUCGCAGCUAUAGCCAGGGGACGCAUGGUACCCCCCUUUGGUUGCACCUGUGGAUGCAUGCGCGCGCAGCAAUGCCGGUGUGGUGCGGAGGCGUUGUCGAGACAUGCAACUCUGGCAGCACAGCACGGCGGCAAUGAUCUUGCUUGGCAGCAUGCAUGGGGUUUGGCGGGUUUGCUUGCGGUGGUGGUGGCGGCGGUGCUGGGCUAGGAGCGGCCUUGAAUGCCUCGAUGCAUUGGCAAUGGCGUAAUCAGCAAUUGAUGCACGCCAAAACACACACAUAGAAUUGCUCUGGUCUA